AUGCAUCUCAGCCUCCUGUCAACUUCCGCCGAUGUUGUCGCCGAGGUCAAAGGCGCGCUUCGUACACACAACUCAGACUUUGAGAUACCACAUGAUCCAACUGAAAGUAGACCCUAUGAGACUGCACGAUUCUUAUCGAUAAGCCCUAAAUGGAUCCACAAAAUAAUCGACGCAUCCAUGGACCCCACCUCAAAUUCGACAUCAAACAGUCGCCUACCAAAACAUUGGAACUCCAUGGCCGCCGCAGGAGACACAAUGCUUCAUCAAGCGUCAUCCUCUUCCCCCCCACGUUCUGCCUCAUCUUCGGUGUCGGCAAACCAGAACAAGCGUCGCCAUUUCGGCGAAGGCGAUACCCAAGGCAACUCCAGCAAGAAGCAGCGCACCACAGCAAACUCCAACAUCCAGCAGACAGCAUCACUGCAAAGUAACCACCCGCACCAGAGCAACACCACCGCCGGCGCUGUAACCCCUGCAUUCCAACCAUACGAGUCCCUCCUCGCCAAGCUCCGGCCCAGAUAUGAAGUCAAAACCAUGAGCGUCAUGCCCUCGACUAGCAUCGCCAAGCAUGUCGACAAAGCGCUGCAACACCUCGAUCGCUUCAGCCUGUGGGACCAAUCCGUGCUGCCGGGCGUGGUGCUCCUCUCCGCUAAGCCGGUGGCUUCGAGCAAGCUUGUCACUAUUGCCGAGCUGGUACGACGAAGGAUCGGCGAGGGGGAGCAAAAGUGGUUUCAGUAUAAUGUACUGGCGGAGACGGAAGAGGAAGAUGCUGGUGGGACGGAGGUGGUGGAGGAUACGGUUAUGGACAUGACCAAGGAUGGCGAUCACCACGACGAGGAAGAGGCAUUUGAGAUGAUGGGUAUUCACAACAACCGCAAUCAGAGACAACAGCAAUAUGUAGGAGGAGGAGGAGAAGGCCGGGCAUCGCACGACCAACAACCGACGGUUUUUGAAAGAGCUAUUGAGCCACCCAAGACUCGACACAAUAAGUACGUGAGCGUGUUUUUGUCGAGAAUCCCGAUCGAGGAAUUGAGGACGAUGCGGAAUGUUGUUGUGCAGAGCAACGAGCAUCACAUUGAGCAUCUGAAAAAGAAGAGGGUAGGCUUGGUGGCUUGA